UAUAACUUUGUGUAAUUGUUGUAACUUUGAGACGUGCAAUGUAAAUAAAUAAAUACUAUGUUUUUCGGUCUCUGCUAUCUAUUAAUAUUUAUAAAAUUUGUUUAUAUGUUUAUACGUUUGGGCAGCAUAAUCUCUGGAACGUCAAUAGCGUUGUAACGAAGUUUUAUUGCAAUCAAUUUAUUUUUAUAAAUGUUUCGAUUGAUACAGAUUUAAUUUGUUGCAGAUUUUAUUUAUUACAACUAGAAGGUACAAAAUGUCUGAACAGGGUGAUUUUAUCAAAAGAAAACCAUCUGGGUCAGAAUAUAGGAAACGGAAAGCGGAAAAAGAAAAGGAAUUUCAAAAAACAAAGAAGUUUAUGAAUAUAGAUAAAUAUAUCAGAACAAAAAAUCAAGAGUUGAAUGUGGCAUCUACAUCUGCAAUACAAACGAAUGCAUCGGCAGUGGAGCCUCUGUCUGGCAAGUCCGAUGGAAUAGCUACUCAAGAGAUUGUGGAUGAAAAAUCCCGAAGUGAGGGAGCAAGUUGUGCUACGAUUACAGAUGCUGCUCAAGAAUCUGUUAUUGAUGUACAACAAAUACAUGUAUUAGAUGAUGUUGAUACUGUUGUCCGCUACUUGGCCACCUAUUCGAAAUAGCAAAAUAAUUGAUCAUAUUAUAAAUACCGGCCCACUGCAAACUCACUGUGAUGAUUAUCCGAAAACUGAUACAGGGCGACAUUUUUCUAAUUCUCAUUUCAUAAAAAAACUAGCAAACAGUGAGACAAUUCAGCGUCGUUGGUUAGUAUACUCCAUUUCCAAGGAUCGAGUUUAUUGUUUUUGUUGCCGGCUGUUUGAUAGUAGCUCAACGUCGAGUUUAGUAUCUGAAGGAUAUAGCGACUGGAAACACUUGUCUGAAAUGUUAAAAACUCACGAGAAUAGCACUUCACAUAAGAAGUUUUACCUUUCAUGGAUUGAAACUGAACUACGUUUAAAAAUAGGCAAAACAAUAGAUUGCCAAGAGCAAUAUUUGAUUAAAAAGGAAACUACAAGAUGGAAUAAUGUUUUAUCUAGAUUGAUGCAUAUUACACUUUAUUUAGCUGAAAACAAUAUGGCGUUCAGAGGUAAUUCUGACAAAUUAUAUACGCCAAAUAACGGAAAGUUUUUGGGCUUAGUACAAUUACUAGCUAAAUUUGAUCCAGUUAUGCAGGAGCACUUGCGAUUAGCUAUGAAGGGUGAUAUUGCAGACCACUACUGCGGAAAAGACAUUCAAAAUGAAUUAAUAGAGCUGAUGGGUAAAAAAGUAAAGUCAGAAAUCAUAUCACGCGCAAAGAAAUCAAAAUAUUAUUCUAUUAUAGCUGACUGUACACCGGACAUUAGUCACGUAGAACAACUUUCACUGACAAUACGAUUUGUUGAUAUAUCAUCAAAUGACGAUAAAAUAUCAGUAAAAGAGUAUUUUGUAGAAUUUUUGCCUGUAAAUCAGUCGACUGGUGAAAAACUAACUGAAGUUAUUAUUGAUAUUUUAAAUAAACACGGACUUGAAUUGAACGACUGCAGGGGUCAGGGUUAUGACAACGGGGCGAAUAUGAAAGGGAAAAAUGUUGGUGUUCAAAGGAGAAUUCAAGACAUAAAUCCCUUAGCUGUUUAUGUACCUUGUGGCUGUCAUAGCUACAAUCUCGUACUAUGCGAUGCCGCUGAGUCUUCCGUAAAAUCAGUGACUUUGUUUGGGGUACUUCAGAGGUUGUUCACAUUGUUUUCAGCUUCUGUUCAUCGAUGGAAAAUUCUAACCGAUAGCCUGGGAUUAUAUACUCUAAAAAAGCUCAGUGACACACGUUGGGAAGCAAGAAUAAGCAGUGUCAAAGCAGUUCGUUAUCAAAUUAGUGCCAUCCAUGACGCUUUAAUUACUUUGGCAAUUGAAACUCAGAAAACUGAUGUUCAAGUCUCUCAUGAGGCUACUACUCUAGCUGAACAGUUAAAAGAUUUCAGUUUCAUAGUUUCAUUGGUUGUUUGGUAUGACAUACUUUUUCAAAUUAACGUCGUUAGUAAAUCUCUACAAUCACCAGAUAUAGAUCUCAGUAAAUGCACAGAAAUGUUGAAAAAAUGCUGCACUUUCUUGGAAGAAUAUAGAAAUACAGGCUUUAAAAGCGCCAUUUCAACUGCAAAAGAAUUGGCUGAAGAACUGGAAGUUGAACCUGUGUUUAAGGCCACAAAAAGAAUUCGAUUUGUUAAGCGUCAAGCUGAUGAAACUGCCCGCGACGAGCCUAUUGUUUCUCCUGAAAAGAAAUUUGAGGUAGAAUUUUUCAACUCUCUCUUGGACGCUACAUUAAUUUCAGUUAAUGAAAGAUUUGAACAGUUCAAUGAGUACUCGGAUUGCUGGUCUUUUUUGUACAAUAUAAAACAGAUUCCUGAAAAACCCGACCUUGUCAAACUCUGUAGUGAUCUCCAAUUGAAAUUAACUGUGAAUUCUAAAUCAGAUAUAGAUGGUUGUAUGUUGUGUGAUGAACUCAUAAGCCUGAAAUCUUUUUUGCUUGAUCAGAAUGUGGCUACCCCUGCUUAUGUUUUAAAUUUUAUUAAAGAUCGCAACUUACAGGAACUGUAUCCAAAUGUAUGGAUAGCAUUUCGAAUAUUACUGACUAUACCUGUAACGGUUGCUAGUGGAGAAAGAAGUUUUUCCAAGCUAAAGCUGAUUAAAACAUAUCUACGAUCGACAAUCUCUCAAUCUAGAUUAACAAACUUAGCAACUUUAUCAAUCGAAAACGAAAUUGCAGAAAACAUGGACUUUGAACGUCUAAUAAAAGAGUUCGCCGAUGUAAAGGCUAGAAAAGUGAAAUUUUAUUAGUUUUUUAAAUAAAUGUUUUUUUUUAAAUAGAUAGUUAUUUCAUUGUACACAUUGCCUUUUUUCGUAUGUAAUUGAAUUGCAGUUAGGGGGCGCCGAAGAAUUCUCGCCCAGGGCGCUAGUAGUGCUAAAACCGGCACUGGUAGCAACUUUCAGAAAGACCAAUUUAAACCAAAUAGAACUCAAGUAUUCAAUGAAAGAAGAUGCAAUUACACAUCGAAUCAAGUUGUUCGAAGAUGUCAAGCGUAAAAAAAAGGGAAAAGGGAAGAAUAAAUCAAAAGAAAAUACAGAAGAAAUGUUAGAAUUACAAUAUAAUCGAGUAAAGCAGUUGACUCCAAAACAGCUAUAUACGGAUAAACUACCAAUUACCGCAGCUAAAUACAAAGAUCUGCAACGAUUGUGUGAUCAGGGGACAAUACACAAACGGUUUCAUGCCGAAUACAAACAGUUUCCUUGUCAGUCUCAUAAUGUCAUUGAUACUCUUCCUGAGACUGACGAGGAAGAUGAAAUUUCUGAUUAAUUAUCUUCUAUCAGAAAAUCAGGUCUUCAAAUUAAUUUCUGAUCUUCUAUCCAAUGACAGAAGAUUAUUAAUCAGAAAUUUGAAGACCUGAUUUUCUAUAACUCGUCGUCGUAUUAUGUUUUGCAUCUACUUUUUUAUUAUCUUGUCGAUAACACCUUCCCAUUUUCACCAACGACACUAAAAGUUAGGUAGACCAUAGUACAGAAGAUUUCCGAACAAACAACACCUAGAAAGAUGAACUACCUAAAUUUUUAAGGGCGUUGGUGAAAAUGGGCAUUGUUUAUUAAAAUAUUAGAGCAGUAAGCUUGGUAGAAUGUUUACUUAUAUUUUUUUUGUAAUUCAUUAUCAAUACGUUUUAAAAAAAUGUCGUGAUUAUAAAAUCUUCUUGAAAUCAAUGAAACAAAAUGAUUACUUAAUAUUUUGAAUUAUGUCUGGCUGGUUAGGUACGCCGUUGGAGGUAGAACACUAUAGGCAUUUUGUAACAAACGCUUGAUUAAAUUAUACGGGACGAUGCCUAUAAUAUACUUACUUAAGUGUAAAAAUUUCGAGCCGCGGCACAAACAAUGAUGAUGAAUGAUGAUUGAUGUACAAGAUCCUCGAAUGGAAAUUUAAGUGAUUGGUUUAGACAAUUUUUUACUUUGAAUUUGUAUUAGUGCCUUGCUUAACAACUAUUUUUAUUAAACGAUGGCGGUCAAUGAAUAAAAAACUUUUUUUAAUUAUGUCAAUUUGUGUUUUAUUUAUUGUUUUUAUUACAAGUAAUGAAAACUCAACUUACAGUCUUAACUUCAUUGAUUUGCUUCAGAUAUUUCCAUGUUUGUUACAUACCAUCGCAUCAGAUCGUGGUGUUUACACUCAUUUUUGAUUCAGUAUAUGGUUUUAAAAACCAAACCCAGAACUAUUGCAUUUUAAAACUGGUGCAUACUUCUAACUUCCGUUAGACAAAUCGUUCUCCAUUGAUUUGUUAGUGGUCGUAAAUACCAACUUCUUGAAUUUUCUGGGGUGUAUGUCCAAGCUAACUUUUGAAAUAAGGCUUUGACAUAAAUAGCAAUAAUAUAAUAUAAGUGGGUUAAGAACUAGAGUAGCGUAAGGGCAAAAACUCAAAAAAAUUUUUUUUUCACUAUUCGCUUUUUCAAUCCCCAUAUUUGUAUGUGCCGAAAAACUGGAACGAUGUAGUGUGUAGAUUGCUUAGUACAAUAAUAACGCAUAAAAAGAAAAGAAGUUUGUUUAUUGCUAAAAGGAAGUAUUUCUACUUACAAUAAUCUUGACAUUAUUUUGUCAAUAAAGUUAUGAGCACAACAAUUGUAACUCGACUUACGAGCGAAUAGGACACCGAAUUAUGCCUUCAAUGUAUUGCUCAAAUGGCGUAUCUUGUCAUACGUUAUUAACGCAGAAAGUUUGAUUUUGUAGCCUUGUAAUUUUUCUCCGUGCCAAAAAAACGUAAGGGUGGGUUACGCUACUAUUGCACUAAAUAAUUAAAGUAAUGCAGUCCAUUAUUAUGACGUAUGUCAACCAGUUUUAGAAAAAUAUAUAUUUUUAAAUGAAACCAUUUUUUUAUUGACCAUGAAUUUACAGUAUUCUGUAGCCAAUAAAUAAAGCUUUAUUUUAAGUAAAAAUCAGAUAUACAGAUACUAUAGAUUUUGCCAUAAAAGACCUACAAGUUAACGGUAGGUAAAUUUGAAUUGUUUUUCGGCUCUCCUGAGAAGUUGUAAUUUUGCCCUUACGCUACUCUAGUUCUUAACCCACGAUAUUAUGAAACACCAUCGUAUUUUACGUAUUUCUUGUAUAGAACACAAUUUUAUAACUUUUAAAGUUAAAAAGAUAUAAGCCAAAAACGAAAUUAUUUUUUGUUUUUUGUUGAUUACCAAAAGUGCUAUUUUGGUGAUUACGACCUUUGUUGUCGGAAGCAUCGAUAUGGCGAUUGAUUUUACUGUACCGCUAGAAUAUUUACAGGCUUAAAAAAUACUUUUUUUUCAACCAUCAACAUGUGAACAGGAAGUAUCAGAAUCAUUAUCCGAAUCAGUAAGCAGUUCAAAUUCAAUUUUUGAUACUCCGAGAAAAAUUGUACUUAAAAAUAAAUUACGCAAGGAAUCGGCAGCUAAAAAGAAACUCAUUGAGAAAUUUAAGAAAAUACUGCUUCUUACAAAACAAUUGUACAAAAUUUGAAAAAGAAAUUUGGUCUCAAUUUAAAUGCUGUGAUUGAUUUAAUGGCUAAAGCAGAAGUUGUCGAGUUACAUAAAUCUUUAAUGAAGAAAAAUAAUCAACAGAGCAGACAUCAUUUAUUAUGUGUACUGCGCCCUUACGUAAAUGGGUCAAACACAAAAACGUAUAAAAAAAUGUUCAGGCUACUUUUAUCCUAGAUGUACAUUAUUUAAGUGCGUGUGUAUUUUUAUUAUUUAAGAUUAAGUUGUGGGCUUACUAGAUAAGUCAUUAUUUUAUACUUUAAAAUUAAAUUAUAAUUUUUAUAGUCUUUUUCAUAUUAAAAUGUCUCCUACUGUAGACUGUUCGGAUCAAUAGUGUCGCAGUUUGAUGGAAGUUUAAAAAUAUUUAAAGAGCAAUAAACAUAUAAUUUUAAUUAUAUAAACAUGUCAAAUUGAACCAAGUUUCUAUACUAACGAAGACAAAAAAUUAGCAAUUCAUUUUGACACAAAAAAGCCAAUACACAUGAUGUUCCGAUAUUUGUAGUCUUUUUUUUUUUUUUUUUUACAUUUAAUGGGUCGACGUUUGACCGCUAUCUCACCUGAUGGUAAGUCUUCUUCUGUAGACACCUAAAACUCGCACAUUUUUAAAUAUUUCGAACGCACCCAUUACUUUUAUUGGAUAAGGUUGGCAUCACUGUUUUGUUCAUCAUUCAUUUGUUUGUGAUUUCGAUAAAUGGCGUCGGCUUGAAGAAAAAUCAUUGAUUUAAGAAGAAACACAGAAUUUUGGUCAUGUUUUGAAGAUCUUUUCUGCAUUACGUGUUUAACCCGGCGUCAUGGGGUUGGGUCUGUGCGACCCACCACAUUUU